AUGGUGCUCGACUUGGACCUGUUCCGAACGGACAAGGGCGGCGACCCUGAACUUAUCCGCGAGACCCAGAGGAAGAGGUUCAAGGACGUGUCACUGGUGGACAAGCUGGUGGCGGCGGACACAGAAUGGAGGAAAUGCCGCUUCACUGCAGACAACCUCAACAAAGCCAAGAACCUCUGCAGCAAAAAAAUUGGGGAGAAGAUGAAGAAAAAGGAACCGGUUGGAGACGACGAGUCCGUUCCAGAGGAAGCUCAGAACCUGGAGUCUCUAACUGCUGAGACCUUAUCGGUUCUUACUGUAUCUCAGAUCAAGAAGGUGCGUUUGCUGGUGGAUGAAGCCGUGGAGAAAACCGACAAGGAGCGGCUGAGGCUGGAGGCGGAACGCUUCGAGUACCUGAGGGAGAUCGGGAACCUGCUGCACCCGUCUGUGCCCAUCAGCAACGAUGAGGAUGCAGACAACAAGGUGGAGCGGACCUGGGGCGACUGCAGCGUCCAGAAGAAGUACUCCCACGUGGACCUGGUGGUCAUGAUUGACGGUUACGAUGGGGAGCGGGGGGCCGUGGUGGCCGGCAGCAGAGGCUACUUCCUGAAGGGCCCCCUGGUGUUCCUGGAGCAGGCGCUCAUCAGCUACGCUCUGAGGAUCCUCCACAGCAAGAACUACACCAUGCUGUACACGCCCUUCUUCAUGAGGAAGGAGGUCAUGCAGGAGGUGGCUCAGCUCAGCCAGUUUGAUGAAGAACUCUACAAGGUCAUCGGUAAAGGCAGCGAGCGUUCAGACGACAGCUCCCUGGACGAGAAGUACCUCAUCGCCACCUCCGAGCAGCCAAUCGCAGCCUUCCUGAGGGAGGAGUGGCUAAAGCCCGAAGACUUGCCGAUCCGCUACGCCGGCUUCUCCACCUGCUUCAGGCAGGAAGUGGGCUCCCACGGCCGGGACACGCGCGGGAUCUUCAGGGUGCAUCAGUUUGAGAAGAUCGAGCAGUUUGUGUACGCCUCCCCCCACGACGGAAAGUCCUGGGAGAUGUUUGAUGAGAUGAUCGGGACGGCUGAGGAGUUCUACCAAUCGCUGGGGAUUCCUUAUCGGAUUGUCAACAUCGUCUCAGGUGCCCUAAAUCAUGCAGCUAGUAAGAAGCUGGACCUGGAGGCCUGGUUUCCCGGCUCCGCCGCCUUCAGGGAGCUGGUCUCCUGCUCAAACUGUACCGACUACCAGGCCAGACGCCUCCGCAUCCGCUACGGACAGACCAAGAAGAUGAUGGACAAGACGGAGUUUGUGCACAUGCUGAACGCGACCAUGUGUGCGACCACACGCGUGAUGUGUGCUAUCCUGGAGAACUACCAGACGGAGGAAGGCAUCGUGGUUCCAGAGAAGCUCAGGGACUUCAUGCCUCCAGGCUUGACAGAGAUCAUCAAGUUCGUCAAACCCGCCCCCAUCGACCUAGAGAUGUCCAAGAAGACGAAGAAACAGCAGGACGGAGGGAAGAAGAAGAAGCAGGGAGGAGAAGGAGAGAACCUGCCCAACGCCAUGGACAGCAUGUCCGUCAACGACUCGUAGACUCGAUGCUGCUGCCACGGCAACCUCGAUGAAAACAGGUGGAACUGAGCCUCGUCCCUGACCGUCCCCACCAGUCCUCUCCUGAACCAGAGGGAUGGAAGGAGAAAGUGGGGAGAAGAUCAAAGCCCUUCAGCCUUAAUCUGAGGAGAACGAAGCUCCGUCUCAUCCGUGUCCUCCUGGUUGUCUCCGUCUCCUCCCCUCUUUCACAUAAAUGUCCUUGAUGCACUUCUGUCACCGAUCAGAAUCAAAGCUCAGCUGGAAACCUCGUUCCUUCUCCUCUUUAAAGAUCUGAUCAUCUCACUCUGAAGAUGGAAGGUCUUUCUGAGACCAAACCUGCUUCUGUCAUGAAGAGCUUCUCCCCCCUUCACUCUGAGGCCACUCGCUUAUUUAAGGAUGUUUGUGGUCGUGCGUUGAUGACGUGGCGCUUACUGUAAAGAAUAAAGAGUUAACAUGCUG